CAAACAAGUCAUGGAUAUCGGGCAACCUGUCUUUACGUAUAUAUUUAAAGUCUGAAAUCAAAUGCUUGCCUUCAACCCUCCCAAUUGAAAAGUGAUUCAAUAGACAAAGUGUGAAACUGGUGCUAUUCUUUUUUGUUUUAUUUAUUUUUUUAUUUUGUAAGUUUUAGAAGCGGUUUUUUACAUUAACAGCAAUUCUUCGCUUUCCCCUCUCUUCGAAUCGUAUAAUGGGCUUUUGAUCAGAAAUUUUGUGUAGGGGUAUUUUUAGAUGGAUUUAGGGAAUGGAUUGGGAGCUACUCAAAACAUGCUUGAUGCAGAAAUUCAAUCCUUUUUCGACUCAGCUCCUCCUUUAAGGAGCAGUGGAGAUGUCAGUGAAAAACUUGAGGAAUUUGUCAAAAGGAAUUCAAUAGCGUCAGGAAAUGGAGGAGCUAGGAGGAUUGUGUGUGUGACAUCCGGUGGAACCACAGUUCCUCUGGAAAAACGGUGUGUUCGCUACAUAGAUAACUUUAGCUCAGGCCAUAGAGGAGCAGCAUCCACAGAGUAUUUUGUGAAGGCUGGAUAUGCAGUGAUCUUUCUAUAUCGGAAAGGAACCUACCAGCCAUUUUGUAGAUCUCUUCCGGAUGAUCCUUUACUAGAAUGUUUUGAGUUUACUGAUGAGUCAACUGUUCAAGUGCGCCAUUCACAUUCUGAAGCAGUGAGGAGAGCCAUCACCGAGCAUCGUGCUGCAGUAGAAGAAGGCCUUUUGUUGAAAUUAUCCUUUACAACCAUCUUUGAGUAUCUUCAGAUGUUGCAGAUGAUAUCACUAUCAUUGAGGAGUGUUGGGCCACAUGCAAUGUUUUAUCUUGCAGCUGCUGUUUCUGACUUUUAUGUUCCUUGGAAAAGCAUGGCAGAACACAAAAUUCAAUCAUCAUCUGGCCCCUUGGACAUGCAACUGAAUCAGGUGCCUAAGAUGCUGUUGGUACUGAGGAAAGACUGGACACCAAUGGCUUUCUGCGUAUCAUUCAAGCUAGAGACAGACAAACAUAUUCUUUUGGAGAAGGCCGAUGCAGCUCUUAAAAAGUACAAGAUGCAUAUGGUUAUUGCAAAUGAGCUUUCGAUCCGCAAAGAGGAGGUUGUAGCUGUGACAAGUAAUGAAAGGAUCUCAGUUCACCGAAACAAGAGUUUGGGUGUUGAUGAUGUGGAAGAUCCCCUGAUUAAACUUCUUGUAGAAAGACAUUCAUCUUAUAUCAAGAGUUUUGAUCCAUGACAUUGAAAGUCUAAGAUGUUAGAACACACAAUUUCCUACUUAGUCUAAACUUGUCCUUGACUAGAGGGGAUGCCAACAAUUACUACAAAAAAUCUUCGCAAUUGUAAGAGCUUUUUUUUUUUCAGUCCUUAAUUCCAUCUCUAGUAGUUUCUCUGCUAUGACAGAAAAACAAUUAUAAGCAUAAUAAAGCAACCGAAGUGCUUAUAAACUCU